CCCCUUACUAACAUGCAGAGGUUGCAUAGAAAUGCGAGCUUAGCUUUGGUUUGGACACAGACAACCGUUUAAAGUGCAAGAGAAGAGAGCAGCAACAAGCGAACAAGGAAGGGACUAUGUCCUUGCUGCUUAAGGCCAGCAACGGUCAUCUCUUCUUAUCAUCAUCAAUUGCUUCCAUGGCAACGUGUUCAAGCUUCUGCGCUCAACUUCCCAUCCAUUUUAGACCAAUACCCAUCUCUUCUUCUUUUCCCACUAAUCAACCUUUCAGGCCCUUCUCUGCCCAAGCUUCAAUUUCUCCUGCUAAUGAUGGAGGCUCUCCAAUUACUAUUGGCUUUCUAGGCCUUGGAAUUAUGGGUUCUCCAAUGGCUCAGAAUCUCAUAAAAUCUGGGUGUGAUGUGACUGUUUGGAACAGGACCAAGAGCAAAUGUGAUCCUCUCAUCAGCUUGGGAGCAAAAUAUAAGCCUUCUCCCGAGGAAGUAACUGCAGCCUGUGAUGUCACAUUUGCAAUGCUUGCUGAUCCAGAAUGUGCAGUGGAGGUUGCAUGUGGAAAGCAUGGAGCUGCAAGUGGUAUGGGUCCAGGAAAAGGGUAUUUGCUCAUAGUUCUUUCUCAUUAUAGGAAAUUCAUAUGUUCUUCAGAUGGUUUCCUAUUGGUCAUUGCUCCUAGCUUCAUACUAGAACCACCUUCUGUGAUCGGAAAUGGGGCUGCAAUGAAACUUAUUGUCAACAUGAUCAUGGGCAGUAUGAUGGCAACCUUUUCUGAAGGAUUGCUUCUCAGCGAGAAAGUAGGACUGGACCCAAAUGUACUGGUUGAGGUAGUGUCCGAGGGUGCCAUUAGUGCACCGAUGUACUCGCUGAAAGGUCCCUCAAUGGUCAAAUCUCUAUACCCCACUGCUUUUCCCUUAAAGCAUCAGCAGAAGGACAUGAGACUUGCCCUGGGAUUAGCAGAAUCUGUUUCCCAACCCACUCCAAUUGCAGCAGCUGCAAAUGAACUAUACAAGGUAGCAAAAAGUCACGGGCUUAGCGACAGUGAUUUUUCAGCAGUAAUCGAAGCACUGAAAGGAAAAGUGCAAUCCUGAGCAAACUAGUGUGUUUUUUUCCUGGUUACGAAGGAGAGGCUUGUACCUGAGACCUCGAGUUUUCUUGUAUGUCGUCAUCACCAGCCUGUGGUCUUUUUUCUGUGUUAGUACAUGUCUGUCGGGAAAAAAAACUACGUAGUCCCUAAACUAAACUAGUGAUAGUUUUUGAACAAGGAAUUUACCGUAAUUAAUAAUUGAUGUGCAAAUUCAUUGCAA